UGGAGAAAUAAGAUAUAACAAAGACAAAAUACUGCAAGGUCAAGGAGUGGAUGAGCCGCUUUCUGCAACUGGCUUCAGACAAGCAGAUGCUGCUGGCUUAUUCCUCAGUAAAGUGAAGUUCACUCACGUCUUCUCAAGCGACCUCCUUCGAGCAAAGCAGACUGCUGCCACAAUUCUAGGAAAAAAUAAGGUCUGCAAAGAUUUGGAAAUCAAAUGUGAUGCACGUCUUCGAGAGAGAAAGUACGGGGUGGCAGAAGGAAGGCCUCUGGCUGACCUGAAGGCUAUGGCAAAGGCUGCUGGGGAGCAGUGCCCUUCGUUCACGCCGUCGGGAGGAGAAACCCUGGAUGAGGUGAGAGAACGCGCCAGGGAUUUUUUUGAAUUUCUGUGUCGGCUAGCUGUUGAACUGGAACAGAAAGAGCAGGACUCGCAUGGUGCAGCAAGCAGAAGCUCAGGAACAGCUGAAGAACAGUUCGUUUUCCCUUGGACAAACCACUGCAGUGAAGCAGAACUGAGCUCUGAUAACAGUGGAGCUUCUCAGACGUUAGAUGCCAAUAUAUUAGUGGUGAGCCACGGAGCCUACAUGAGGAACUGGGUUGGUUAUUUUGUUUCAGAUCUCCACUGUACUUUACCAACAAAUUUAACAAAGUCUCAGUUGUCUUCUGUCAGUCCCAAUACAGGAGUUAGUCACUUCGUUAUAAAACUUGAAAAUGGAAAUUUGUUAAAACCUGAAAUCACAUGUGUUUGUCUUAAUCAAGACUCUCACUUAGUGGAUGUAGGAGCUGAAUGUGUAGCUUCAAAAGUGUUUUAG